UCUGACCUCAGCGGGCAUUUUCCGGUCACGUGAUCUGUUCACCUUUGCAGAGAGAUUCGCCAUUACCUGCGGGCUGCGGGAAUGGCGAUUACUAUAAUGUACACUUAAAUCUGAAUCAUGUCGUCUUCUCCAGCUACCACAACAGAGACACGAGAUCCUCAUGAUGUUCAAACAAGGAAAAGAAGUGGGAGUUUUGAUUUUGAACAUCCAAAUAUGUCUUUGAGAAGGAUGGUGCCUGUGGGAAGAACUGGAGCAGGUAAAAGCUCUUCUGGAAACACCAUCCUGGGACGAAAAGCCUUUAGAGUCACCAAAAGUGGUUCAUCUGUAACUAAAGAGUGCUGGAAAGAGACUGGUGAAGUGGCGGACCAUCUGCUGGAGCUGGUUGAUUGUCCAGGGAUCUUUGAUACGUCACCAUGGGAGAAUGAACUCAAAAAGGAGAUGAGUAAAUGUAUAAACAUGACAGCACCUGGACCUCACGCCAUCAUCCUGGUCAUUCAGCUCGGUCUGUUCACUGAAGAAGAAGAACGUUCAGUGGAGAAGAUCAGAGCAAUAUUCGGAGAAACAGCAGAUAAGCACACAAUCAUCCUCUUCACUCACGGUGAUGAACUGACUGAAGGCUUUGAACAAACACUGACUGAAGCAAAUCCUAAUUUAAAACACUUCUUAAAAUCAUUUGACGAACGGUAUCAUGUGUUCGACAACACAAAAAUUCAUGAUCGCAAACAGGUUUUGGAGUUCCUGGAGAAGGUUGAUAACAUGUUGCACAUGAAUGGAGAUCAGUAUUACACCAGUGACAUGUUUAAGCAUGUGGAAGAGAUGCUGAAGAAGAAAGAGCAAGAGCUGAGAAAGGAAUACAGUCAAACGAUAGAGAAAUUAACAGCCACGUUUAAUGAAGAAAAGACCAAACUGGAGGAGACCAUUAGACAACUGAAGGAAUCCGGGCAGGAAAAAGACCAGAAGAUUAAAGAGUUGGUGAAAAAGGACAAACAUUUUAAAGAGUUUAAGCGUUUUUAUGAGAACAAAUGCAAGAAUGUGAGACAGGAGGUGGAAGAGACACUAGUGAUUGAAAUCACUAGUGUCCCAAAGAUCAGCAGAAGACUAUGAAAGUCUCGCAGCUUGUCUGACAGCUUGC